UCUGAUUGUAUCGCGUGAAGGAUCUGUUUAACCCUCCAAUAGGCGCGUGGAUUACAACUGUAAUCCACACCGCUUUGGGAAGUGACCAACGAGAAAUCAGCGCGCAGUUAGAAUCGCCCGCUUGAGUAGCUGUCGGUAGCAGAUGUAGGUAUCCUAUGUAGGCUCCUUAGUAUCGAAUAGUCAAGUGAGAAGUGCGUUUGAGCGGAUUAACAAGGGCAAACCGCGGCUGGAUUACGAGUGUACUCCACGCGCCUAUUUACGUUGCGGUUUUUGUAGAUCGCAUAGUUUCGAGUUUUUGCCGUUUGGUACUUUCGACACAAAAAAUGUCCGAAUCCAAAAAACCUCGAUUGGAAAGUAGUACAGAUCCAAAGAUGUGGAUGAAAUGGUACGAGGAGCUUUCAAGUGAAGAGGAAUGUGAUUUAGAUGAAGAAGAUGAAGACGAGAUAGAAGAAGAUUUUGUAGAGAACAGCGAUCAUCAAUCAGAAUCCGAGCAAGACAUUUCUUCAGAUGAAGAUCAGGGCAUACCAGACCAAGACACGGCAGCUGUGGAAGAAAAUAAGUGUGGAGGUUAUUAUCUUGGCAAAGAUAAAAUAACCAAGUGGAAAAAAAGUAGGUCAAAUGUACAAGUACGUGUUCGAUCUCAUAACAUUAUAAAGUUACUUCCUGGGCCAAAAGGCAGUGCUCGUGAUGCAGUAUCAGAAAUUGACUGUAUAAAACUUUUUAUAACUGAUAGUGUUAUUCGAAUGAUAACCAGCUCGACAAAUAGGUAUAUUGAAAAAAUCAAAAACAAAUUUCAAAGGGAUCGAGAUGUCAGAUUAACAGACGAAAGAGAAAUUAGUGCAUUUAUUGGCAUUUUGUUUCUUAUUGGGACGUUAAGAAGUUCCAGAAAAAAUGCUCACAAGAUAUGGAAUAACUCAAAAGGCAGUGGGAUAGAAGCAUGCUAUUUGGCAAUGAGCGAAAAGCGGUUUAGAUUUAUUUUAAGAUGUUUGAGGUUUGAUGAUAUCACAACGAGAAAUGAAAGACGAGAAAUUGAUAAGUUUGCACCUAUAAGAGAAGUUUUUGAAACAUUCUUAGCUACAUUCCAGAAAAACUUUAUUUCAAGUGAAUUCUUGACAAUAGAUGAACAGUUACUGGCUUUUAGGGGCCGAUGUCCGUUUAGACAGUAUAUGCCUAGAAAACCAGCUAGGUAUGGAGUAAAGAUGUUCGCAUUAGUGGAUGCUAAAACUUCAUAUACAUUUAAUCUUGAGCCAUAUCUGGGAGCUCAGCCUGAAGGACCAUAUAAGUUGAGUAACUCUCCAAAUGAUCUUGUUCUGCGAUUAGUGCAACCCGUAGAAGGAACAAACCGUAACAUAACAGGCGAUAAUUGGUUUACCAGCGUACCACUGGCAAUUAAGUUAUUGGAGAAAAAACUAACGUACGUGGGCACUAUGCGAAAGAAUAAGCGGGAGAUACCAACAGAAUUCUUGCCAACAAAGAACAGGGAAGAAAAAACCUCGAUAUUUGGUUUUCGGGAAGACCUCACAAUGGCUUCAUAUUGCCCAAAGAAAAAUAAGGCAGUAAUAGUCAUUUCUUCAAUGCACCAUGAUAGUUCUAUCGAUCCAGAAAGUGGUGAAAAUAGAUUGCCGGAAAUAAUAACAUGCUACAAUCAAACGAAGGUAGGAGUAGAUUUAGUAGAUCAGAUGAGUGACAAUUAUAAUGUAGCUAGAACAACGAAUCGAUGGCCAAUGGUUGUAUUUUAUGACCUAUUGAAUAUAUCUGGAAUAAACGCUUGCUGUGUUUAUAAAGCAAAUCACCCUAACGAGAAAGUCCUAAGAUCUGACUUUAUUGAAAAAUUUGCUUGGGAACUAAUAAAACCUCAAAUAGAACACAGGUCAACUAUUUCUGUUAUACCAAGAGAAAUCCGCCGUCGAGCACGCCACCUGCUGGGACUGGAAGAGGUAUUACCUCCUCCACCACCACCUGAUAUGCCAGGAAGUUGCAUACGUCGCUGCUACAUUUGCACGAGAAGUCGUAACAAAUCAACAAGAAAAAUUUGCCACAAAUGUAGCAGACAUGCAUGCAAGGAACAUAUGGUGGAAGUGUGUACGUCUUGUUUGUCAAUGUAAAAAGUAGCAAAUAUUUGUCAUGCUAUUUUUCGUUUUGUAUAUUCUAUAAUUUGUUAUUAUUUCAUUUAUUCAAGUUGACAAACACUUUUAUUCAGGAUAAAAUACUUAAGUUACUG